GUGACUCAAAAUCAAUACAACUUUCUGGAUACACCGAGAACAAAGUGCCAGUGCAUAUUUUUGAUAGAACCGUGUGUUUAAUAGUUUGAUAAAUAAAUAAAAAAUAACUUGCAGAUGAAAGCGUUUAAAAAAGUUAAAAUUUCAUCGAGAAAUCGAUUGAAUUACAGUUAAUUACAUCAAUUAUUUGUGGAAAAAUUCAUCAAAGAUAAAAGUUUAUUUUUUUCUAUUUCGCCAAUAAUCAAAAAGUGUUUAAAAGAAACUGCGUCAACAGAAUAGUGACGUUACCGGCAUGGCGUCAAGUUCCGUCAGCCAAGAGGAUUUUGAUAAUGAUUAUGAGCUUACGUCACGAAGACCACGUAUUAGGACUGCAAGAGCACGUGUUGCACCACCUAGAAGUGGAGAUAUUGGAACGAUUAAUUUUCAAAAAAACCCAGUUGAUGCUGAUGACGCCCAAGGCAUCUGUGAACCAGGUUCCAACCCCGUCAUUCCAGCGGAACAUGAGAGCCAAACAAAGCCAAUAAUGAGAAAAGACAAGCGUGUAACAGGGCGGCCAAUUCAUAUAAACAAAGGAAAACAGCAACGAGACCGGCGGAAACUUCGUGAAAAAAGACGGAGCACUGGAGUGGUUCAUUUGCCAUCAACUGAGAGUACAGGAGGUAGUACUGGAGAAGAUGAGGAAGAAUUAGGGGGAUCUUGUCUCGAAACAAAGCACAAUACUCAUCAUAAUGAGUUUCUAGAUCAUGAACUUAUCGAAGAACGGACUGCAAAGGUUUAUACUCAGAGAAGGAAUAAAAGUCAUUCAGAUUUAGAAGCUGAUGAUGAAGAGUUCGAUUCGUUGAAUCAAUCAGACAGUGUUAAUCAAUCAGAUCAUGGUAAUCACACAACACAGUUGAAUUCAAGCUCCAAUCGGGAUCGAGUGCCAACUCCAACCAGUAAUAAUACCCAAGAAUUGAUUGAACGAGCUCAGGAGGAGAAUCGAAGGCUUUUGGCUCUUCUAGAGGACCAGGAUCACAAAAUAAUGGCAUUAGAAGCUCAAUUAUUACAACAACAACGAGAAAUGGCUAUAGAACGUGAUAGAUUACGUGAAGAGAAUGCAGCCUUAAUUCGAGCAAUGGCAGCAUUAGCAAGCAAUUAAUAAUAUUGAAAAUAUUAUAUAAAUAAUUAACUCGUAACAUUCACUUAAGAAUGCUUUAAAUUGUUAGAUUAAAGUAUUAAAAAAAAAAAAAAAAAAACGAAAACUCUUUGCUUCAAAUAUUAACAUUUAUUUUCUCCAAUUUGUCGUUAAAACAAAAAAAAAAAAAUUCCAAACUACGCACUAAAAAAAAGAGUUUUAUUGUUGCGCUAGAGUAGAAUUUGUUCCACGCGCAAAUGAAUUUUUUUUUUCAAUAUAUUCAAGUUAAUAAUUAUU